AUGGGCAAGACCAAGCAGUCUGCCUCCGAGCAGGCGCCUACCAGCUCGGCCCCACUCGCAGCGAAAGACUCGUUGGAUCCCACUCUUGCGUCGCUGUUUGCCUCGAGCUCUGGGCCAAUCAAGAUUCCAGCCAGGGUUGCCCAAGUGCCGAAGCGUACCGCGAGCGAACAACAACUCUCUAGUGGCGACGAGGCCUCAUCUGCUGCGGACGACUCUGACGCUGAAUCUGAAUCUGAAGUCGACACAACAGCCAGAGUGGCAAGUGAGCGACCCCGCAAACGGAGACGCGUUGCCGAUGGGGAUGAUCUUGAAGCGUCCUACUUCAAGCGCCUCGAGCAAGAAGAAGAGAAGGAGCAUCAGCGAUCUGCUGUCAAAGAGAAAGCCACCGGAGCCCCCUCAGGUUCUGGCGACAACGACGACGAUAAUGACGAGAAAGACGGGGGAUUAACCUCCGAUAGUGAUGAGACGUCUGCUAGUCAAUCUGAUGCCGGAGAUGUUCCACGCCAUGAAGUGUUCGACAAGAAGAUCAACAAUGAGGAGAGGUUGAAGAGGACGGUAUUCUUGGGAAAUGUGUCGACGGAAGCUAUCAAGUCAACGUCGGCCAAGAAGACUUUAACCAGACAUCUGCGCUCGGCGUUAAAGACGUCCGACCCAGGCAAAAGACUGGGAAAGCUUGAAUCACUACGAUUUCGCUCGACAGCCUACGCCAGUGGCUCCGGACCGAAGAAGGCAACUUUCGCAAAGAAAGAGUUGAUGGACGAGACCACCACUAACACGAAUGCGUAUGCGGUGUUCAGCACAGAGGCUGCUGCGGCACACGUUGCUGCCACGCUGAACGGGAGUGUCGUCCUCGAGCGGCAUCUGCGAGCAGACUACCUUGGCAAGCCCGCAAAGACCGACCAUAGGCGGUGCAUCUUCAUUGGAAACCUCAGUUUUGUCAACAAAGAGACAGCUGGGGAGGAUGAGGAGGAUGCUGAUGACUCAAAGAAGCGACGAGCAUCGGCGAAGGAGCCCGCUGAUCCCGAAGAGGGUCUUUGGCGCACCUUCAGCAAGAUCGGGAAGAUCGAGAGCGUCCGAGUGGUCAGAGAUCAAGAGACACGUGUCAGCAAAGGCUUUGCUUACGUCCAAUUCGAGAACGAAAACAGUGUUGAAGGCGCGCUUCUCAUGAACGACAAAAAGUUCCCGCCAUUGUUGCCUCGAAAACUUCGCGUCAUGCGUGCCCGCCGAAUACAGCACAAGACGACCCCCGCCCGGUCCGACUCUAGACCAGGUACCAAAGGUCCUCUGGGAAAGGGACGGGCUGGCUCUGGCGGCAAACCCGGAUUCGUCUUCGAAGGUCACCGUGCCAGUAGUACUUCCAAAGGCAAUGCUGGCAGCUUGAAAAAGAGACACAAAAAGAGGCCCACCACAAGGAGCAGCCGCCGGGGAGCAGCUUACAAAGCCGCUGGUGGACGCAAGGGCAAAGAUGCGGGCGGUUCGUGA